CGUCAUUCGAAGCGGGACCAAACGCAUGUGCAUAUGACGGCUCCAGUUCUUUGACGCCAUUUGGGACAUCGCAGGAUUGUUUUCUUCAGAUACAAUGGAUUAAUCGCUGAGCCUAAGUACUGAGCUGAUUGUCCGUAGUGUCUUUCGGACAAAUGGAUGGCGAAGAGGACGAAUUCUUCUCCGGGAACCACUCUGAUGGUGGUGGCACCCCGGUACAGGACGAAAAUGCUCUCGGUUCAGAUGCGGAAGAGGAGAUGAGGAAUGAGCCGCGCCACUCCGAGGAUGAGAAUAGUGAUGGUGAGGGAGCUGCUCAGGCCAUGGAGACAACCGGCGUGGCCAGCGGGUCAGACAACGAGGGACACAAAGGGGAGGACAGUGACUUUGAGGAGGAGGCCCCUAGGCUUGCAGACAGCGAUAACAAGGAGGGGUCCCCAGUCAAACGCAGCACCUCAGACGUAGAGGGCUCCCCCCCACCCAAAUGCAGAGGCAGUAACUCGGACAUAGAGGAGUCCCCCCCACCCAAACGCAGGGGCAGCACCUCAGACGUAGAGGGCUCCCCCCCACCCAAACGCAGGGGCAGCACCUCAGACGUAGAGGGCUCCCCCCCACCCAAACGCAGGGGCAGCACCUCAGACGUAGAGGGCUCCCCCCCACCCAAACGCAGGGGCAGCACCUCAGACGUUGAGGGCUCCCCCCCACCCAAACGCAGGGGCAGCACCUCAGACGUAGAGGGCUCCCCCCCACCCAAACGCAGGGGCAGCACCUCAGACGUAGAGGAGAAAGAAACCAAACAGGCUGCAACCGUGAGCGACUCUGAGAACGAGGAUCGGCCCCCGUCCCGAGUCCGGAGCAGACACUCGAAUGCACGCAGUGACUCAGAGACUGAGGCGCCCGAACACAAAGCACAGAUGGAGUCUGAUGGAGAGGAGGAGGAGUGCGGCGAGGGGAAAGGGAAGUGGAAGGCUGUAAUGCACUCCGACAGUGAGGAUGAGGUGGAGGCUCGGCCAGCGAAAGCAGCUGCAGGCAGUGACCAGGAGAAGGAAGGUCCUGCAAAACGGGUGGUGGACGAGAGUGAGGACGACGACGAGAUGCCAAUGAAGAGGAAGAAAGCCAUCCUGUCAGACAGUGAGGAGGAGAAGGCUGACGAACCAGCGGCGAAGAAGAGCCGCGCCGUGUCCGACGAUGAGAACUCUGACAGCGACGCAGGCUUGGAGACGCCCGACAAAACCAUGGCCAAACUGCGGGAACUGGGCUCAGAAAGCGAAGACGAGGAUGAUGGACAGAAGGCGGAAGGGGGGAAGAAGGAUGAGAAAACACUGUUUGGUAGCGACAGCGAAUCAGGCGACGAGGAAGAGAAAAUGAUUGCUGACAUUUUUGGUGACUCAGGCGAUGAAGAGGGGGAAGAGUUUACGGGUUUCAAUCAGGAGGAUCUGGAGGGGGAUAAGAACCAAUCACAGGCCUCGGCAAAGAAAGCAAUGGCAGACGACUCUGACUCUGACGAGGGCGUGGGCAGGGGUGGUGGCCAAGACACCAGCUUCAUGUCGGACUUUGACGUGAUGCUGGCUCGUAAGAAGGCCCAGAGCGGGAAGCGACGACGGAACCGCGACGGGGGAACGUUCAUAAGUGACGCUGACGACGUGGUCAGCGCCAUGAUCACCAAGAUGACAGAAGCUGCAGAGGUGACAUUCUGGCCCCAAACUGAGGACAGAACACUGAACGCUCAGAAGAAGCCAGCCUUAAAAAAGCUGACCCUCCUCCCCACUGUCGUUAUGCACCUGAAGAAGUGA